CCCCCGGUAGCCCCCGGUGGCCAUGAGCGAGCCGGUGGUGGUGGCCAUGGCGGCGUGCGGAGGCUGUGCCUACUGCGCCCGAGCCUCCGAACCGGACCGGGGGGACCCCCAGGACACCCCGAUGCCGUGGCCGCCCCCGUCCACUCUGCCGGACGCGCCCUUCCCCAGCCGGACCCUGGCCGCGGUGGCCGCGGUGGCCGAGGCGCUGCUGGCCCCCGGCUGCUGGGCUCUGGACCGGCUGCUGGCCCUGCAGCCCACCACGGCCCAGCGGGCGCGCUGGCGGCGGCACCGGGCCGGGCGCUGCCUCGCCGUGGGCGCGCGGCUGCUGGCGGCGCCGGCGCUGCUGCUGGCGCUGCUGCUGGCGCUGCCGCCGGCCCUCCUGGGGCUGCUGCUGUGGCUCCCGGCGCAGGCCAAGCGCCGGCCCUUCGUCCACCAGCACGUGGCCACCGCGCCCGCGGCCGAGCCCUGGGACCCGCGGCGAGCCCGCGGCUUCACCUUCCUGACCGCCAACCUGUGCCUGCUGCCCAGCGGCCUGGCUCGCUUCAGCAACCUGGGCGGCACGCGGCGGCGCGCGGCGCUCAUCGCCCGGCUCCUGGCGCCCGGAGCGCCGGCGGAACCUUCCGGGCACCGCCGCGGGCUGCUGGAGCCGCGGCGCGGCCAGGGCGGGGGCUACGGGGGCACGCUCAGCACCGCGGCUCCGGGGCAGCCGGGCGGCGAUUCCAGGGUGGACCCGUGGAUGGUGGCCAGUCCGGCAGCACCGGUGGCCGGCACGAUGCCGUGGCCGGAGAUGCCGAUGGCCAACCCAACACCGAUGACCAACCCUUGGCCAACCGUUGACUCGGUGCCAACGCUGGAGUUGCCGAUGACCAACCCAACCUUGGGACCUACCCCAUCACCAGUGACCAGCCCGGGGCCGGAGCGGCCGAUCCCGCUGCCCGACCCGAUGCCCCCGGUGCUGACCGACCACAUCCCGCCGGACACCGACUUCGUGUGCCUGCAGGAGGUGUUCGAUGCCACCGCGGCCACCACCCUGCGCCGGCGGCUCGGCCACCGCUUCCCGCACGUGCUGUGGGGGGUGGGCCCGGGGGGGCUGCGCUGUGGCCAGCUGCGGGUGCUGGGCAGUGGCCUGGUCCUGGGCAGCCGCUUCCCGCUGCUGGCCGCCCGCUUCCACCCCUUCCCCAACGGCGCCCGCGAGGACGCGCUGGCCAACAAGGGGCUGCUGGUGGCACAGGUGCUGCUGGGGACGGGGCGAGGCCGGCGCGUCGUGGGCUACCUGGGCUGCACCCACCUGCAGGCGCCCGCCCCCGAUGCCACCAUCCGUGACGUGCAGCUGUCCCUGGUGCUCCGGUGGCUCCGGGAGUUCCGGCGGGAGCAGGAGCGGCCUGGGGACCUGGUGGCCUUCGAUGUCUUCUGCGGGGACCUCAACUUCGACAACUGCUCCCAGGGUGACGCCCUGAACCAGCAGCACCCCCUGUUCAAGGAGUUCUGGGACCCCGCGCGCCGCGGAUCGGGCCAGGACCAGCCUUGGGCCAUCGGGACGCUGCUCGACUGCCUCAAGAUCUACGAGGAGCCCGUGUCCACCCCUGAGAAGAUGAGGAGGACGCUGUCCCAGCCCUGGGGACGCGAGCGGUUCCUGGCGGGUCCCAUCCUGUCCUGCGGGGCGCUGGACACGAAGGCCCCGCGGCCGUGGCAGGGCCGGAGAGUGGACAGAGCGCUGCUGCGGAGGGACCCCGCGCUGGCCACCGAGGUCACCGGUUUCUCGGUCAUCACCCAGCUGGCCACUCUGUCUGACCACCUGCCCCUGGCCCUGCGGCUGCGCCUGGGGCCCGCUGACCUCUGACC